AUGGCGUCCAAUAAAUGUAUAGUUUUAUUAUACUUGUUUUGUUAUCUGUAUUGUGGACGGUGUGAGCUAAAUUUGAGUGAAGGAGCUAGCUGCAUUGUCGAUAAAGUCUACCAGGGAACAUGUGUCAGGCUGUUCAAAUGUGGAUCAGCUGUUUUAACGUAUCUUUAUCGUAAUGCUGGGUUCGAAAAUGAAAAACACAUACCACGGCUCCCUGAGAUAUGCUCGCACAGGAGUGAGGAACCUAUAGUCUGCUGCACCGACUGCGUCCUCAGCGCUAAUGAUGAAUUCAAAGACUCGGCUGUUGCUCCUUCUGGGGUCCUAGCCAGUAGAACGGGUUCAAUAGCUUGGAAAAAAUGCCUGGAAUAUUUCCAUAAACUGCCUUAUCCAUGUCGAGGCAAAGGCCUUGUAAGCAUAGUAAAGCAAUGGGUGGAGGCCAAUCAAUGUCAUAAUUCAGUACUGAGGGUCAAUGUUACUUUUGAUGAACCAGAUCCUCUGCACUGGAACUUUCCUCAUCAGGCUCGGCUUGGAUACGGUGACGAUUUAUCUUCAGCUCAGUGGCUAUGCGAAGGGACAGUGAUCAGUGAAAGGUUCAUAUUGACAUCUGCACACUGUACCAACGCUGGUGUAUUCGGUACAAUAGCGUUUGCAUCGCUCGGUCUUCACAAUAAGGACCGACCGGAAUAUUGGAACACACACAAGAUCAAGAAGGUCAUUAUCCAUCCCAAUUACAACGAACCUUCGUGGUACAAUGAUAUAGCUCUUUUGGAGACAGAAACUGAGAUAAUGUUCGACAGUAAAAUUUUACCAGCGUGUUUGGAUGUUGAUAUACAUAAUAAAAAAGAAGCAGAAGCAGCUGGAUUGCGUAGUCACGUCAUUGAUAACAAGUUAUUAGAGAGGUCGAAGAUGCAACCGAUAUCGUUAAAGGAAUUGGAUACGAUAGACUGUCUCCUCGCAUACAAGCGUGCCAACAACCUCAUGCAUGGGUUUGAUUCUAAGUUACAAAUGUGCUAUGGAAGGCAAAAUGCCUCCGAAGAAACUUGCAAGCGUUUCAGCGGCAGUCCUUUGCAGAUAGACCACUACAGAUGUCAGUACACAGUGAUCGGUGUCACUGCCCACACCGGGACUUGUGGUAGACCCGAUGUACCGGAGUUCUUUACCAAGAUACGGAACUACGUGCCUUGGAUAGAAAGCAUCGUCUGGCCAGGAGAAGACUGA